CACCAUCCAACAAGGGCCGCUGCCUACUGAAAAACAACUGCGCAGCGCCUCCAGCACCGUGGCCUCUUAUUAUUCAUCCAUGACUGUGGCACGGCAGAGGGGUUCUCCACUCCACGGGGCUAAAAACCGCAUAACCUGGACUACCACAUUUAUUCACUAGCUCCUAUUGUCUUUUUUUAACCAACAAACAUGACAGCGACCAUUAUUUCGCCUUUAUUCGAAUACAAAGAAGUGCCUAACAAGAACAGUGAGAUGUUCAACUACAGCAACAACAUUAACAGUCUUGGUGGAUCUCAACUGUCGUCUGUCCCCUGCUCCAGUGCCAACUUCUCCUCCUACACCCCCAUUAAAUCCCUGCAGGACAGGAAGGUGGUGGGUGCCCCCUCUGCAGGAGGCCUGUUCCAACGCCGUCACUCAGUCAGCCUCCCAAGUGCAAAGUUAAGCCAGAACCAGUUUGUCAACAACCUCAAAAGGGAUCCUUCUGUGUUGUUGGAUAGCAGCUGCAGCAACAAGGAGAACCAUUUCCGUGAGCGCUCCUUCUCCGAGCUGGGGGAUAGACAGUGGUCUGGCAGGCAGGUGUGUGUGGAUGGAAGCAGCCAAGUCAACCCAAGCCGCUAUAAGACCGAGCUUUGCCGGCCCUUUGAAGAGAACGGCACCUGUAAAUACGGCGAUAAGUGCCAGUUUGCCCACGGCAUGUAUGAGCUGCGAAGCCUGAGCCGCCACCCAAAGUACAAGACUGAGCUGUGCCGCACCUUCCAUACCGUUGGUUUCUGUCCGUAUGGCCCCCGAUGCAACUUUAUCCACAACGCAGAAGAGCGCCGUGGGCCCCCUCCCCUUUCCGCCUUUAACAAAAUGGAGCGCCCUCGGCUGCAGCACAGCUUCAGCUUUGCCGGCUUCCCUAGUACCAGCAGCCGCCAGGACAGCCCCGCCUCCAUUACACCUCCACCCAUGUUCUCCACCGAAGACCUGACAGAAUGGCAGAGAAACCCCUUUGCUUACUCCAGCCAAGAGCUUUCCAGCUUGUUUGGGCCCAGCUUGGGGCCACCACCUGUGUCCGAGCCUCAGGGUCCGACCCCACCUUCCCCAAUCACCUUCUGCUUUUUUCAGCCCAUGUCAGAUGGUUCCCCCUGCAAUCCAGGCUCUCUGUCUGACCAGGAAGGCUAUCAGAGCAGCCUGGACAGUCAGAGCGGCUCUGAGUCCCCACUCCUGGAUGCCUCCCGUCGCCUCCCCAUUUUCAGCAGGCUCUCUGUCUCUGAUGAUUAAGGUGUCUUCUUCCCUGGGCUUGAGAUGGGAUUAAUGGAAAGAGUUGGGAAGAUGGAGACAACCCACCUUCCUAACUCCCUUCUCUUAGCCCUGUUAACAGAAAAAAACAGACUCCUCUGUGCUUUGUUGUAGCCAGUGAGUCAAAUCAGAAAAUCAAGAUCAAGUCUCUUACGAUAUUAUGAACAGUUUGUAAACCAGAAUCAUAUUCAUGCAGUGUUGUGUAUAUUGCACACAGCCAUUAUUAUUAUGACCACCUGUGCCACAACCUUGUUACCCCCUAGAGGCUUGUAACAACUCAGUGUUCAAUUUUUAAAAGGAUCAUCACUAUAAAAUGAACAGGAGAAAGUCAGUAGAAUGUUAGAUUAUAACAGUGCCUUGGCAUUUAUUUAUGUGAAGCCAACAGUAAUUAUUAUCACUAUUUUUGUCUAGUUUAUUUCCAAAAGCCUUCUGAGUCAGGGCUUUGACUGUAAUUGCUUAUUUAUCAAAAUAUAUUUAUUGCUGAUCUUAAGCAUUUUUAUUUUGUAUUUAUCUGGGUAAUGAAAAAAUAGAAUAUAUAUUUUCUUUCAUGUGAAAUUAUGAUCUUCCGUAUUAAUCAAAUAAUACCUUUUUUCACAGUUAAUACAUCGUACUGCAAUGAAAUGUUUUGUAACACUUGAUUUAUUUUGAAAGUGAAUCUUAAGUUGACACAAAUGUUAAGCAAUUUUUAUUUGUUUGCUCUUCCCACAUGUAGGACUGCAGGGUUAAGGUUCUCUGCUGCAGUCUAAGGCACAAAUGCACUGGAAGUGUCAAUGUCCUAGAGACAGCUAGAGCAUGCUAGAGACAAGUGUUGUCUUUUCAGUGGGGGUAUUCUGCAGAAAUUAAGUUCAAAUGAGGAAAAAAGCUAAGGUAAGUAAUUGCAAACUGAUCAGGUAACUAAGCUAGUGCCAUACAGUUGUUGGGUGUGUGGACAAAGUAUAAAUACCCUGGGGUGCAGGUGGUGCUGGUUUAACAGAGUUCGUAUGGCCAACUUGUUCAGCAUCACAGCUGUUUUGUGUGUGAGCUUAAUCGCACCUGAUAAUCUGUUGGCUUUCAGGCCGGUGGGUCUGUCUGGAGCUCCUCAGCUGCUGUUUUGUUCCCCUGUGCAUUAAGGGUCUAUUUUUGCUAGAGCAGCAUAUCUUUCUAAAGUGUGAAUUUCAGUGAAUGUAAAGUAAUGCCCAUAUUUAUUGGCAAUUUAAAUUCAUUUUAAGGCCUUUUUACCAUGUUUGGAAAUUGCACUAAAAUAUUUGGAGAA